AGUACAACACUUGCAGCGAUGUGGUACAGCUAUGUGCCAUGUGUCAGGUGCUUUCAUCUCGAUUUUCUAUGUGCUGUUGCGCGAUUCCAACGUUUAUGUAACCUUGAAAACUAUAAACAAUUCACACUUCUCUGCAUGUUUAACCGUCCAGUAGAUUAAAUUAAGCACCAACGCUGUUUGCACGGAACGGAGAGAGAAUUCUACCUAUGGUUUCUAUGAAUGGACAAUAUUUUAUAUAGCGUCAUCUGUUAAAUUAAAUGUGGUCUCUGUAUGCAGUAGUUUGGUGGGCCUGACACGGUUUGGGCUUCAACUGUUGACAUCUUCGGUACCUACAGUGUAUUAAGCAGAAUUUGUUGGCGCAAAGAUGUCCCACUCUCACAUUAUCGCUAUCAUUGUAUCUGCGAUCUUUUGGUCAAUCUUUUGCAAAUGCCACGCCAUGUAAAAUUGCCGGCACAGUUCUUUUGCACGAUUACCAUGGAGUUGGUCGAUUUGGUGAUAUAAUCUUUGUUGCUUCGCUUGAGCUGCCAGGUUUCAGAAGCAAGAGAAAAAGGAAGAAUGCCCAUAAGUUCAAAAGGGGUAUUUUACGUUGCUUGGGGACGUUUCAUGGGCGUUCUGGUAAAUGGGUUAAGCUCCUGAGACGAAACCAAAAUGCAAGGUUCCUUUUAACACCUUUAGCUGUAGGCAAGGGGUGAAGUUGGAAGAAGAUGGGGGGACGGAAAUCGACUGUGUGGCUCUUUAUCGCCUCCAUUUUAGCGCUGAUUGUGGCGCCCCUGCCAGUUGGUGGAGUCACCAAUGCACCAGACGUUUCCGCUUUGACAAACCUCUAUACCAGCCUAAAUUCUCCGUCUCAACUUACUGGAUGGAAUGCAAGUGGAGGAGAUCCAUGUGGCCAGUCAUGGAAAGGAGUGUCUUGUUCUGGAUCCGCUGUUACGACAAUAAAAUUACCUGGUCUAGGGCUGACAGGAUCAUUGGGUUACCAGCUUUCAAGUCUUUCCUCCCUGACAUUUUUAGAUAUGAGCAACAACAACAUUCAAAGUACCAUCCCAUACCAGCUUCCCCCCAAUGUUACACAUCUCAAUCUUGCCGGCAAUAGCUUUAGUGAUGUGCUUCCUUAUUCAAUUUCGGAGUUGACUUCACUCAACUAUUUGAAUGUGAGUCACAAUUCUCUCUCAGGUCAAGUCUCAGACAUCUUUGGGAAGCUUUUGAACCUCUAUACCUUGGAUUUAUCGUUCAAUUCUUUUUCACAAAACCUGCCAUCAAGUUUCAGUUCGCUGUCAAAUCUUUCUAUGCUGUUCGUGCAAAAUAAUCAACUUUCUGGACCUAUUAAUUUACUGUCUAGUCUUCCUCUAAUUGACUUGAAUAUUGAAAAUAAUGAUUUUACCGGGUGGGUACCAACAGAAUUCCAAUCAAAUCCAAAUUUUAAAACUGGUGGUAAUGCUUUCAAUACAGGCCCUGCUCCUCCUCCUCCACCAUACACUCCACCUCCACCUUCUCACAAACCUGUUAGUGGCCAUAAUACCAGUGGCAACCCGAGAAAUAUUUCUCCAAAUUCAAAGAGUCCCCCAGGCCUUUUAAAGGAUCAAAAUACUGAUAAGGGAGGUCUGGCUAGUGGAGUAAUAGCAGGAAUAGCGAUUGCAGGGAUUCUAGUAGCUGUUGCAGUUGUGUUUAUAAUUGUUUUCUUUUUCUGGAGGUCUCCAAGGAGAAAACAUGUUGAAGAGGAGGUUAAGACUGGUGCAUCAUUGAGUCCUCAUCCUUCUUUCACAGCUAAAGCAAAGGAAAGCACAGAACCGAAAAUAAAGGCAUCAUCUCCUGUCAUCACACUUAAGCCUCCACCUUCAGAACGCCACAAAACAAAUGGUGACAAGGGUACUGGAAAUAAUUCUGCUACCAAGAGAUCUAAAAUUCCAAUAACUGCAAUAGCAUAUUCUAUAGCAGAUUUGCAGGUGGCAACAAACAGUUUCAGUCAAGAAAAUCUUAUUGGCGAGGGUGCUCUUGGACGAGUUUAUAAAGCAGAGUUUCCUAAUGGAAAGACUUUGGCAGUGAAAAAGAUGGACAAUUCAGCAUUAUCUAUACAGAAAGAUGAAGAUUUUCUUGAAAUUGUUUCAAACAUGUCACGGCUACGACAUCCAAACAUAACAGAGCUUGUGGGUUAUUGCACAGAACAUGGCCAGUGCCUUCUUGUUUAUGAAUAUUUUGGCAAUGGAACACUGCAUGAUAUCUUACACUUCACAGAUGAUAGUUGCAAGAGGCUGACAUGGAACUCUCGAGUGAGGAUUGCGUUGGGUACAGCUCGAGCUCUAGAGUACUUGCAUGAAGUUUGUAUGCCUUCUGUGGUGCAUCGAAAUUUCAAGUCAGCAAACAUUUUACUUGACGACGAACUAAAUCCUCAUCUCUCUGAUUGUGGAAUAGCAGCUUUCAAUCCAAGCUCAGAACGCCAGGUUUCCACUCAGAUGCUAGGUUCCUUUGGAUACAGUGCUCCUGAAUAUGCCAUGUCAGGGAUCUAUACCGUGAAGAGUGAUGUAUACAGUUUUGGAGUGGUUAUGUUAGAGCUUUUGACAGGACGAAAGCCACUUGACAGUUCAAGAUCACGGUCAGAACAAUCUUUGGUUAGAUGGGCUACACCUCAGCUUCAUGAUAUUGAUGCAUUGUCAAAAAUGGUAGAUCAAGCAUUGAAGGGCAUAUAUCCUGCAAAGUCUCUUUCACGGUUUGCAGAUAUUAUUGCUUUGUGUGUCCAGCCUGAGCCAGAAUUUCGGCCUCCGAUGUCGGAAGUGGUGCAAGCCUUGGUUCGAUUGAUGCAACGGGCAAGCCUCAAUAAGAGAAGAUCUGGUGAUGAAGUGGGCGCAUCUUACAGACAAUCAGAUCACGACCCAUCAGAUUUAUCAAUCUGAAAAUUUUGUUUUUCUCCCAAAGAUGGCUCUUGUUUUUAGUGUCACUGAGUUUUAGCUUAUGUAACAUCCUUUGCUUAGUACAUAAUUUUCAAUUGUAAACUUCAGCAGCUGAGCAUGGUAUCAAAUGCCUAUUGUAAUUUUAGUACAAAGAGAGGUCUAAUGCUUUCACAAGUUGAAGCAGACAGAAAAAAUGACUAUCAGCUUGAACAACACACAACUAUCAAAUAUUUUAAAAUGAUGCGGUUGGCCUGCAAAACAGUGAUUCUUAAAGAGACGACUUUGCCAAAAAUCACAUGUCAAAUGCUGACAAUGAAUACCUAGUCUCAGCAACGUUAAUUUGCAGGCUGAGGUCUUUUUGGCACUGUUUUGCAAACUCAAAUGGUGAUGGGUUCCAUGUAUAACGAAAAACAUUCCUCAGCCCAAAGUUUCGGCUCUAGUGGUUGAUACUUGAUAGUCCCCAGGCGAAGUUUCAGCUCUCGCGUAAUAGUUCUCGAAUCAUAUGCGCUUGAAAUAAUAUUUAAACUUUUGGAUCGAGAAUAAUAUUGUUAUUGAAAUUUCUUAGGACUGAAAACAUAGCAUUAUCCGAAAUUUCGUAGGAUAAUGUGAGGAGAUAUGUUAUAGCCAAACACUAUUUCUUCUGAGUGUUAGAAAAAAAUGAAUGCUUCGAAUGUAAAGUUGAGAGAUUCUGUACUGACUUUGAAAAUAAGGAUCAAUGUAAUCUCUGAUUUAAGGUUUUCUGCUA